UCGCAUGUAGUUGGGAUUUUUGAUUGUUUUGAUCUUAUUUACGUCUUAUAGGCUUGCACCGUGUUACAACAAUAAACAGUAAUCAUAAAAUACAAAAUUAGUGUAAUAAGACCGAAGUAAAAGUGUUGGAACUAGUUAGUACCUGGACAGCUACCAUGAUCCAUCUAACAGGGCACAAUUAUAAUGCCCGUGAGAUCAUACAAAAUAUAUUUUCUCCGCUGGUGGGGGUGACAUGCAGCCCACUAGCCAACGAUGUUUGUGCACGAAACCACUUGUCUUUUGUGGAAAUGUUACAGCCAUUCUCUAAAUUGCUGAAUGAUGCGCAUUUUCGUGACGUGUCAGAAACGAGUGUUUCCAUUAAGGGUCUACGCUUAAACUUUUGCGAUAUUGAUUGGCGUCCGCCACAGAUGGUGCUGGCGCGCAAAAUGCUAAACGAGGCAGUGACAAAUGCCCAUAAUGAGAAAACUAAAUAUGUGACCAUAGGAAACAUGGAUUUACAGCUGCCCACUUCUGAGCCUUGGUUCGAGCAAUGGCGUGAAACAUUUCUCACCGUGCAGUUCCCCGCUGAUCAUGAGUUUACGCGCCAUUUUAUAAGUUGCCUUAUCGUCUUGAGCAGUAGCGAUCCGAACAUUGUAGAAAGCGCACAAAAGCUUACGCAACGCGUACAUCAAAUGCAAAGCGUAACACCACAAAAAUUGCCAAAGUGGUUUCACUCCACUAAUGUGCUCAAUAGUUACGUUGUACUGCAUGAGGGUUCACAAGGCGAUAUAUCCAAAGCGCAACAAGGUUACGAGCUGCUUAAGUCUACAUUCGGUAAUAGUAAAUGCUUCUUGGUGCAGAUUAAUUCACUAGAUGCCACUGUAUCCGGAGAAGUGUCUGACUAUUGGGUGCCAUACAUCAAACGACAGCCGAAAAAUGAGCUUCAGGUAGAGCAGCUAAGUGGUCCAAAAACACCACAGGAUGCUAUGUCCAUGAUUUCCAUGCCGAACAUACAAAUGUCUAUACUUAGUGAUGCAAUGGCCCCUACCGAUAGUGUCACUGAUGUAACCAUUAUACAUCCCUUGAGUCCAGUGCAAGAAAAUGCGACAGAAGCCAUAAGCUCAAAGUUUUCAGUAAGCAGCGAGAGCAUAGCUUCGCAAACCAUAAAUGCAAACGUAUGGGCAAGUGAAACGGAUGGCGAUAACACAACGAUUCAUGGAGGUUGCAUGAAUUCCAUGGAUGUCGAGAAUUUGCGUCAUUUCGUGCAGGAUUACACUGUACGUGCAUUAAUACCAUACGCUGAACAAUUGGUGGCCCUGCUUGUAGAAGCGAUCACAAACAAAAAAGGUGUCAGUAAGUCUUUGCUUAGCGCCACUAAACGGUGGUUUGUUAGCAGCAAGCCUGGUUCGAAUUCGGUCAAUCAAAACGCUGUUAUCUAUACAAAUGAAUCAUCGGAAUUGCAAACCCGCAAACUUGGAGAUCUUUAUUUCAUAUUCGGGCAUUACAAUCUGGCUUUUCAGGCUUAUCAUCAAGCUAAACGCGAUUUCAAUGCCGACUCCGCUUGGCAGUAUUAUGCAGGAGCUUUGGAAAUGGCUGCCGUCUCGGCAUUUAUGCUAGGCACUGCGAAUCGUAAAACUUUUGAUUACAUGGAAGAUGCCAUUAUGUGUUAUUUAACCGUUUGCAAAUUACAACAAUUUGCGACGCGUGCCACCCUGCUCAGUAUGGAAUGUCUACGCACAUCACGCAUGUACGGUGAGGCCGCUAAGCAAUUGAUACGAAUGACUAGUGAAGAUGCCGAUUUACGUUCAGCUUUGCUUUUAGAGCAAGCAGCUUAUUGCUUUUUAGCAUCGAAUCCCUCAAUGUAUCGCAAGUAUGCCUUCAACAUUGUACUCUCGGGAAAUCGUUAUUCGCGUGCUGGUCAGCGAAAACAUGCGCAUCGCUGUUAUCAGCAAGCCUUUCAAGUUUUCCAAAGCCGCGGUUGGAGUUUAGCUGAAGAUCACAUACAGUAUACAAUGGCUAAGCAGGCAUGUGCAUUGAAGCGCCUCGAAGAGGCGAGUCGUUCAUAUUCGCAUCUGCUGCACCCAGGCAGUCAGCAGAGUGCGCAGCAGCAAGUAAUUUUUCUCAAAGAGUACAUUCAAAUGCAUACGGAACUCAUUAAGCGCAAUCCUGAAUUGGGUCUACUAUCAUUAGCAUUGCCACAGGUUACUCAAAAUUCGAUUCGUGUUUUACUUUCAACUCCAACGACUAUGGGCAGUGGUCAGCAAGUGGCGGCCAGUGGUAUUGAUAUAAAGUCUAACUCCGCUGAUGAAUCAGUGUGGGGAAAAAUGGAAGAAAUGCUAGUGGCCACUGCGGAUCCGAAGAAAGCUUUUGUAUUCAAGCCAACACGUUUUCUAUUUUCUAAAGAAUGUCCGGCUAUAGAUAAUCCGCUUGCAGUACAAGGCGAACCCAUUGAAAUCUCCGUGAACAUUUUUAACACCGUCAAGUGUAGCAUUACACUUAAUGGCAUCGAUUUGCUCUGGAAACUGCAGCUAGACAAUGGUGAAGUGCUCUCCAAUGAGUCAUUGUACAGCCACAAUGAAGAGAGUUCAAGCAAAGCAGCUGUUAGCGCCGCUAUUAAAACUAGCUGUGUUCCGUCUGUCGUUUUGGAUGAGCGUUGCGAUCAUACGAUUUACUUUAAAAUAACACCCAAGUUAACUGGCCUCUUAAACAUAAUCGGCGUGGUUGGUGAAGUUGUUCUUACAUCGGAGCCUACUGCUUGCCUGCUUGGUAUGUUGCAAUUCGAUACACCGCAAGUUAAGGUUAAGGGCAAGCAAUCAACUCAAAUGAUAAUAGAUAACAAGCUUAGUAUUAAAGUGACACCUUCAGUGCCAGCGAUGUCUGUUAGCUUCUCGCAGCUACCCACAAAUUUGGUUGCUGGCGAAAUACUACCCGUAACGGUGACGCUGCGAAACUCUGGUAUUGUGCCAAUAGAAGAUGUAUACCUCUGCUGUGAUCAGCCGCGCAGGCUGACGCUGAUGGAUGGGGAUUUGGAAGUGCCACUUUCGAUAUUGAAAACUGUCAAAGAUCUAACCAAUGAGAAGCUAUCAAAAGACCGCGAGAUACGUCGACAACGCGUAUUUCGUUUACUCAAGCACGAGAACUCGGUUAGUUUGAAGCCACAGGCGUGUGCUACAAUACCAAUGCAUAUACAAGCACCCUACGAGAAAGGCGAAUUUACGUUGAGACUACUUUUUAUUUAUAUAUUGCCAGAUGGCACAAGCGCUACUAUCAAAUAUCGCCUAGUGCGUCAUAAUUGGAAGUUCCAAGUACAUGAAUGUUUGCACAGCGCAGUGACUUGCGUGAUCAGUAACACACUCUCUGGUGAACUGGGUCUCGAUGUGGCGAUAAAGAAUGAAAGCAAUGCGAAAAUUUUCACCAAAAGCGAUAUGUAUAUCAAUUCGCUUGGUAUUUACAGUGCCGAUCACAACAUAAAUCGUAAUAAACUCUACAUCACCAAUCAAAUGGAAAUUGCCACCGGCAGUGAUGGAGCACGCUAUCUAUCAAUGGGCAAAUCAAUGAAUUUCCAAUGUCGUUUAGAACGCAACACCCACAAUUUAGCGUCAGCGCCGUCUAAAAUUCUAUACGAGCGUGUUUCAUUCGUAAGCGUCAUCCCUUCGAUAAAUGCUGAUAAGGCCCAUGCCUACAUUCCAUCUGUACAUGAAAUGUAUGGCUUUUUAGCAAAACAUGAGACUUUAUACUUCAAUAUCAGCAUAAAUACGGAUGAGUUCAACAGUGCUGUAAUCAAUUCAGAUCCACACACUACUGUUAUAUUAAAUUGGGCAGCGCAUGUAAAAUUAGGCGGUGAUAAGGAGGAAGCACAACGAUUGGCUGCCGGUCAGCACUUCAUACAAUUACGAAACCUUUAUGAAACUACCACCAGUUUGGGCGUGCAAGCCUCACAUGCUUAUGUGGAGAUUAUAGCGAAGCCGCAGCAAGUGCGCAGCAUUGCUGAAUUUGCAUUGAACGACACAGAUGCCCAGUCGUUUGCGGUAUUCGCGGAUGAACAACGUUGGAUGGAUGAUGAGGAUGAUGACAACGUGGGUGAUGAUGAUGAUGUGUCAUUUUGGGAAGUCAACACAGAUUAUGUGGGUAAACGAUGUUUACUUUUGGAUGAAAGUUUUCCGCUUGCUGUUAAAGGUUAAAUAUUAUUCUUAGAUAUGUAUGCCUUAGUUAUAAAGUGAAUAGCCUUAAUUUUCCUUGACGCCGUUGUGCAAUAUAUAAUUAAAUAUUUAAAUUAUAAACAAAUUUGUCCUAU